ACUAUUAAGUCUAUCAGGUGGUUGAAUUUGUUGUUAAAAGUGAACUUCACACAUAAAAGCUGUUGGAAUUAUGAAAAAGGUGCUUGUUACGGGCGGUACUGGUCUUGUGGGCAAUGCAUUGCAGGCUAUUAUCGAAAAUGAGCAGCCAAGCGACGAGGAAUGGUUCUUUGCCGGCUCCAAAGAUGCCGAUUUGACAAAUCUGGCGGCCACGCAGGCACUUUUUGAGAAAGUGAAACCGACGCAUGUUAUACAUUUGGCUGCCAUGGUCGGGGGACUGUUUCACAAUAUGAACAACAAUCUGGAUUUCUUGCGCAACAAUUUGCUGAUCAACGAUCAUGUGCUGCAAACGGCACAUGAGCUGGGCUGCACAAAGGUUGUCUCCUGCCUGUCCACCUGCAUUUUUCCGGACAAGACCACCUACCCCAUCGAUGAGACAAUGGUGCACAACGGACCACCACACGCCUCCAACUAUGGCUACUCGUAUGCAAAGCGUUUGAUAGACAUACAGAAUCACGCAUAUCAUGACAAGUACGGACACUUGUAUACAUCUGUGAUACCUUGCAACAUAUUCGGACCACACGACAAUUAUAAGCCCGAGGUGAGUCACGUCAUACCGGGCAUGAUCAAUCGCAUGCACAAGCUGCGCACAGAGCAGCCGGAAACGCCCGAAAGCGAAAAGGUUUUCACAGUCUACGGCAGCGGCAAGCCAUUGCGUCAGUUCAUCUACUCCCUGGACUUGGCCAAGCUGAUGAUAUGGGUGCUGCGGCACUACGACAGCGUUGAGCCAAUUGUGCUCAGCGUGGAUGAGUCGUCAGAGGUGACGAUCUACGAAGUGGCAGAAGCCAUAGCCAAGGCAUUUAAGUUUAAGGGUAAACUGGUCUGUGAUACGAGCAAAGCAGAUGGACAACAUAAGAAGACGGCAUCUAAUGCCAAGCUGCGCAGCCUAUUGCCGGACUUUAAGUUUACAGACUUCCAGGAAGCCAUAGAGGCAUCUGUGCUCUGGUAUACGACCAACUACGAUUUGGCUAGAAACUAA